AUGGAUGUACUUGUAGGUUGUUCAACUGGUAUUAAUAAAAUUUAUAAUAUUCAUAAAAAAACACCAACAGGUUUAUAUGGUGCAUUAAAUACAACAUCAGAAUUAAAUGUAAUGACAUUUGGUUGGAAUUCAGUUGAAAAUAAUGAAGAUUAUGUAUUUUAUGGAUAUUCAAAUGGUAUUUUAAAAUAUUGGAAUCAAAAAGAGAAACAAUUAAUUGGUGAAAUUGAUUAUGGUCAAUCAAUUAAAGCAAUUCAUCCAUUGAAUAAUGAUAAAUUAUUAGUAGCAUUAGAGAAUGGUUUAGUUGAUGUUAAAACUUUAACAGCACCAAUUACAACUCAAUUAGCUCCAAUGAAUUUACCAACAUUAAAUAAAAAAAAGAGUCCAGCAGCAGCAGCCGCCGCCUCAACAGUAGGAAAGAAUAAUAAAUCAAAACAAGUCAUUGUUGAACCAGUUAAUACUCAAAGUUUUUCAUUAAAUGUUGCAACUAAUUUAUCAGGUUUUGCAAUGAAUCCAUCAAAUGAUAAAUUUGCAUUUGGUGGUAAAGAUGUAAAUUUAACCAUUUGGGAUCUUGAAAAACAAGUUAAAACCUAUUCAGCCAAAUUUAAACAUGACUUUUUAAAUCUUCAAGAACCAGUUUCAAUCAAUGUUGUAAAAUACAUGAAUGAUGAUAAAAUUUUAAUUGGUAGUGAUUUUAGAAUAAAAGCUUAUGAUUUACGUUCAAAAACUAAUAGAUCUUCUUUCUUGGACGUUUCAUUUUCAAAACAUCCAAUUCAAUCAAUUCAAUAUACAAAUCAAAAAGAACAUUAUUUCUAUGCAUCAGAUUCAAUUGGUAAAGUAUUUUGUUAUGAUGUUAGAACAAGUAGACAAGUUGGUAGUUUCAAAGAUAGUGCUGGUAGUGUUAAAGAUAUUGCAAUUCAUCCAACUUUACCAUUAUUAGCAACAGUUGGUUUAGAUAGACAUCUUAGAGUUUAUAAUUUAGAUAAUAGAAAAAUGUUACAUAAAAUUUUCUUAAAACAAAGACUUUCUUGUGUAUUAUUCUCAAAAGAAGAACCAACAAAUGAAAUUGCUCAAGAAGAAGAAGAAAUCUGGAAGAAUUUGGAAGAAAAUAAAAAUAGAAUUAAUAAUGAUGAUAAUGAUGAUAAUAAUGAAGGAAAUGAUAAAAAGAAAUCAAUUUCAAUUAAAGUUACUGAUAAUAUGGAUUCUGAUGAUGAUAUUGAAGAUGGUGAUGAUAAUGAUGUUGAAUUCCCAAUGGAAGCAGAUUCAGAUGAUUCAGAUUUUGAUUUAGGUAAUUCUGAUGAUGAUAAUAUCUCUGUUAAAAAAGAAAAUAAAGGUGAUUCAGAUGAUUCAGAUGAUGACUCUGACGAAGAUGAAAAACCAAAAAGAAAAACACCUGCAAAAUCAAAUCUCAGAAAUAAUAAUAAUAAUAAUAAUAAAGGUAAAAAUAAUAAAGGUAAAAAUAAUAGUAGUACAAAGAAAACUAGUCAAGUUUUGAAAAAGAAAUUUGCUGGUUUAAAAAAAAGAAAGUAA